CUCAAAUAAAUGAUAAGAAAAUGGCAUCUUCUAACGCGGAGUUGCAAGAAAGGAGUAAACUUUACUACAAGUUUACUAAGGUUUUGACCCUGAAAGUAGCGCAAAUCGUGGUACAGAGCAGACAAGGCAAGAAAAUAACACAUGAAUUUAACUCCAAGCUCCCGGACAACGGCGUAGAGUCCUCGCCGCAAUGGUUCAACUUAUCGAUUCCGGACGAACCGGGAGUGACUGAGGAUACGAAACGUGUGCUGAACGGAGAGGUAGUGGAUGCACUGACUAAAGUUUUAUGUAUCGAGAUAUCUCUGCACACUGUUGAUGGAGAUGACAUGGUGCUGGAGUUGUGGACGGUCAAGUUGUCUCCAGGCAGUGAGGUCUGCUCCCCUUCGACGGUAUACUAUCGCAUGAGCGUGAUGCUCAAGUCCACCCUGACGAUAUCCAGGAUAACACCUGCCUACAAGCUGUCGAGGUCACAGCAUAAUGAGUCUUACAAGAUAUCCCAUAAGAUCUACGGCGGUGCACCUGAUUACGAUGUCCUAGGUGAGAAACGCAAGACGAUAAAAGUAAGUGAGCUGCACACACCUAUCGGGACUUUGCUGAUAGAAGUGGUGUACAGAACGAAAAUGACGAUCAUGCCUGAAGCGAGGCAGAAGAUUGAGUAUGAAGCUGCACCGGCCACUACUGGGAUUAUGGUCAAGAGUGACCACUUCUACACUGAGAGCCCCAAAAAAAACCGAAAUGAGAAGAAAGAACUGGACCUGUCCAAACCCUUGACGGCAGGAGCAUUUGUUGACCAGUCAAAGAUACAAGAAUUGCAUAGAACACUCAGUGAGCAACUACCUCCAGAGCCACCCAUGGCCUGGCUGCUUGCCGAAAAGGAAAAAAUGGAAAAUAAAAUGAAAACGCUGACGACGUCAGACAAUGACAACGUGCUAACAACGUCUGACCACGAGAACGCGAACCAGCCGAGCUGCAGCAGCAGCGUGCCGGUGCCGAGCUCGUCCACUCACGCCGUCAGCAGGGCCAUCGAAGUACCCAAGUCUAAGAAUGGAGAUAAAUACACAGGACUUAUGGAAUUCCCCUUUGCUGAUGGCAGUCCCAUUGCGGAAUUGGCGAACUUCUAUCAGGAAUGCUUACAGGCAAGGUCUAUCAGUGACGAGUGGACGGACAUCGUGAUCGAUUCGGGAUCGGCGGACUCCGAGUCGCUGUCGAAACAACUCAAGAUGUUCGAAGAUGCCGUUCCCGAGUUUGACAACAUGGUAGCUUCCAUGUUCAGCAACUCUGAAGGCUCAGAUCGCUCCUAA